GAGACAGUCAAAUCGGAUUCCUUAGGGAAGGGACACAAAUCACUCCCAUUUUAACAAGGGGAGCGACGCGGGAUCUGCAGCCACAAGGGUCUACCUCCUCUCCUUGAUUUUCCAUUUCUCAUUCAUUUGAUUUUAAGAGAAAGAUCUUUGGUGGGGAAAAAGAAAGAAGAACAAAAACUUGUCAGGGGAUGAUGACACUUGAUCUAGCUCCGGCUGUGAGCUGUAGUUGAUCCUAUUGUUUCUUAAAGUCACUCCUGAGCUUUUGUUUUAACUGAGUAUCUUUAAGCGGACACAGCAAAGUCUCAAGUGAGCUAAUAAUCUUCGUCUGCUCUUCCAUUCCUCACAUUUUAUUUUCGCUUUUCUCAUUUGUGAUGUUCUCACACCAUACACCUAAACCUGGAUUCUGACAGACAUCGCUUUAUCCGAUACUUCUUUUUGUACCGGUAUUUUUCAAAGAUUGACAACUGAGCAGACUUACGGGCACUUGGACGGACUCCCCCCAGCAAGCGGAAAAACGCAAAUCGUUUACGGGCGAUCAGAAGGAACGGGGCCGGGGCGUAUAAGAACAGGCAGAAAGAGUGACAGGAAAGAGAAGCUGUGUUCAUGUUUGGGAUUCAAGAGAGCAUUCAAAGGAGUGGAAGUAGUAUGAAAGAGGAGCCCAUCGGAUCCGGAAUGAACGCGGUUCGGACAUGGAUGCAAGGAGCUGGGGUGCUAGAUGCGAACACGGCAGCUCAGAGCGGAGUAGGUCUGGCCCGGGCGCACUUCGAGAAGCAGCCGCCGUCAAACCUCCGAAAAUCCAACUUCUUUCACUUCGUUUUGGCGCUUUACGACCGACAAGGACAGCCUGUGGAAAUCGAAAGAACUUCUUUCGUUGGAUUUGUUGAGAAAGAAAGGGAAUCCAACGGCGAAAAGACGAACAAUGGGAUCCACUACCGACUACAACUUCUGUACAGCAACGGUAUCAGGACAGAACAAGAUUUCUAUGUGCGACUGAUUGACUCCAUGACCAAGCAGGCCAUUAUUUAUGAAGGUCAGGACAAGAACCCCGAAAUGUGCAGGGUGCUGCUGACGCACGAAAUCAUGUGCAGCCGUUGUUGUGACAAGAAAAGCUGUGGUAACCGGAAUGAGACGCCCUCUGACCCCGUCAUCAUCGACAGGUUCUUCCUAAAGUUCUUCUUGAAAUGCAACCAGAACUGCCUGAAGAACGCAGGGAACCCGAGGGACAUGCGGCGCUUCCAGGUGAGGCUCACCCGGUGGAAAAUCCCUUUGAUUUGUUCGCUGGCAUCGAGGUCACUGAAGGUCAGAGGCAAGCUGGCACGCAGACACAGGCAGACGCGGGGCACACCGGCGAGCAUGCUGUGUGCGUGAUUUACCUGUGUUUAGGGGCAGAGGCCGAGUCCCUGUGGGGGCAGCACUCGCACUGAC